UGCAUGUGCGAAGAAUUUAUUGACAUAUCAUUUAAAUAUUUAUAAAAUUAUAAAUAAAUUUAAUGAUUUUAUUUUGCAUGCGUUCAAAGACCUAAAGUGAGAAACAUAUGGGCCAAACAUGGCAUUAUUCCUUUUGUUUUAUUCUCCAUUACUACUUAGUUUAGAUGAUGUUUAAAGAGUGAGACCUCUACUAUGCUAUCAAAUUAUUUGUUUUAAAAUUGAAGGCUUGCAUUUAUGGCAAGGAUCCAUGCUUAUUAUAAGCUAUGAUUAGGUGACUUGUGAAUGCACAUGCAAUUCAGUGAUAUAAUAGGUGGUUAUCAUAUAGUUACUCUCCUCUUAUUAAAAAGGGGAAUUUAUGUAACCAUACACCAAGGGGCAAAAUUUUGCCUUUUGGAAACUUAACUUUUUACUUUUCAAAUUCAAUGGAUUUUGUGAAAAAUAAAUCACAUUUCAUACACUGUAAUAGUGAUAUUGAGACCCUUCCAAAAAUACCCUCCUAUAAUUUGACAUCUCUCCUAGUUGGAUAAGUUGCUUGUUGUCCACUUAAGCCAAUGACAUGACUCAGUUACAUGUCAUAAGCCACCUAGACAUUCCACAUGGAUUGAUGUUUUAAACAAUAUUUACCCCCAAAUAUCUUCUUCUUUCUUCAACCAAACCCUAACACCAAAAACCCAUGUUCUUUCUUCUUCGUUCACAGGCACAACCCAUCACAAGGCGAAAGGAUCCAUAAAAAAUCUGGUAGGUUCUCAAAUCGCGAUAACCCAUCAACCCCAAACGAACCUCCAAACUUGAUCUCUUAUUUUGUUUCUCCUCCAUCACCAUAAGGAAGACGACAUCUUCAUUUUCCCACCAAACAUCAAUCUGAAAACAAAAGUCCAAGUGCGAACCCCUUAACAAAGGCCAGGUAGACAAAAAAAAACCCAUUUCCUUCUUCUUAUUUCAGGAGUGACAGUCAUUUUUCUCCUGGUUGUACUUCCUAUUUUGCUUUUACAUCGAAAAAGGAGAAAGAAAGAAAUUGAGAGAACGAGAUAAUGAAGAAUAAAAAUAUUGUAGUUGCAUUUAACUUUUAAAGCAAGGGUUUUUCCAGGUGAUAUAUAUAUAUAUGUUAUUAAAUUUUGUAAUAACUUUAUAUUUUGAUUUGUCAUUUUGAUUCUUUGAGAUUUGAAUAAUGUCAUAGUUAUGUGAUUUGUGCAAUUUUGUGAUUUAAACUUGAUUACAUUGCAUAUUUCUACAUGUUCAAUGUCCAUUAAUAUUGUAUCUAAAUUUAUAUUUUAAUUUAUUUAGGGUUUAUUUGAAAUGAAAUAUGGCUUAAAUUUUGAUAAAUGAUGGGAAAAUGAGAUGGUGGUAAGCUAUAUUGAUUUUGUUUUAUUUCUGAAUUGUUGUGUUUGUGUUGUAUGUGGUUGUUGGGAAGAAUACGGAAAAGAGAAGAAAAAUAUGAGUAUUGCAUGUGAAGGGAAUACAAUUUUUAGGAAUGUUCAAACAAUUUGUUGUUUAAUGUUGUUUAUAUGUGAUUCGAGAUGUUUUGUUGUUUAAUGUUGUUUAUCUGGGAUUCCAAAAUGAGUAAUUUGAGUGAUCUUUUAUAGUUGUUAAUUGGUGAAUCUAAUGCAUGAGAAAAGAAUUCAUGUUUAGUCAUGAGUAGAUGAGUAUAAAUUUUAAAAAUGAUUGGGAUUAAAGUUUGAAUAAAUUUCUUAAUAAAAGUUUUGAAUUUGUAAUGAAUAAGGAUUGAAUUGAAGAAGAAAAUAAAACAAAUUUAGUAAAGCGGGCAUGAAUUUAUGUGGGAAUUAGGGAAAAUAGUAUUGGAGCCUUAGGUUCAAAAUUGUGGUCACAACCACAAAUAUGAAAUUUGUUUUGUUUAUGUGUGUAGUAGUCAUAGUAAGGGUCUACCCUUAGAUGAAGGGGUUGGCCGUAAUCCAGUUAAUGACAUUUGGAUGAAAUUAUUGUUUUCGUAAGAGGUUGCAGUAAGUGAAUUAAAGGCUGACCCAUUUGUUUGGAGGUAGGCCCUUAGUUGUAAAUAUUGUUGUGGUUUAAUCUGGAUAGUAGGCAAAAUAAAGGCUGACCCAUUUGUUUGGAGGUCGGCCCUUGGUUGUAAACAUUGUUGUGGUUUAAUUUGGGCAGUGGGCAAAAUAAAGGUUGACCCAUUUUUUUGGAGGUCGGCCCUUGGUUGUAAACAUUAUUGUGGUUUAAGUUGGGCAGUAGGCAAAAUAAGGGCUGACCCAAUUGUUUGGAGGUCGGCCCUUGGUUGUAACAUUGUUAUGGUUAAAUUUGGGUAGUGGGCAAAAUAAAGGUCGACCCAUUGUUUGAGGGGGUGGCCCGAAGAGAGUGAAAUUAGCACAAUUUGGCUUGAAGAGUUACCAAAACAAUGGUUAGCCCAUGAAUUGAGAGGUUCACUCCCUAACUUAUAUAACAUAACAAAUUACUACGAAGUAAAAUAGAAUAAUUGCAUUGCUUAAUGUUAAGUAUACACUAUGCAUGUCUAUAUUUACACCAUUAAUUGUAAACUAUGAAAUGUAAAUGAAGCUCGUUUGUAAAGUUUCAAAGAUAAAUGAUGUAUUAAUAUAUGAUGGUCAUAGGCAUGAUAAUCAGUUUUGUUAUAAGUAAGUUGGUUUAUGCAGUGUUAUUAAGAAAUUAGUUAAUUGUUUCAGCUUGACUAAAGGUUCAUGCUUCUAAACAGGGGCUGCACAUGAUCGAGUAGCAUUUAAAUGGAUCCAAAUAAUACAAUUUAUUGUUAUCUGCACAUUGGAGGAGAGCUAGUAAGGGAUGAACAUGGCAAUGUGGAAUAUAUGGGUGGGAGACGAGAGGGUCUAAGUUUAGAACGAUCAAUGACAUAUAAUGAUUUUGUUUCAAGGAUUUGUGGGAAAAUGAACAUCAAUAUAGUGGGACCAACAUUUUCAUAUACUCUCCCGUUUGAUUUAUAUGCACUUCAACCAUUGAAAAAUGAUGAAGACUUGACAAACAUGUUUCAAUUUAGUGACCGAUGUGCACGUGUAUAUAUAUGUUUAGCAUCAACAGUUGAAGACGAUGAAACGAUUGAGAAUGGAGGACAAGGCUUGAACGAAACAAUCGUAGGGUCUAACUCACUGGUCCCAUAUUCAACAAGAGAUAUUGAUAUUAGAAUGCAAUCACGAGGAUUUCAUCAAAGAUGUGCUGAAUCACAUGUUGGUCCACUAGAGUCAAGCCGUUUUGAGAGUGCAAUAUUGGGUAGUGGGCAUACCUUCUCAACUGCAAAUGAAUUUCGGGAUGCAAUAUAUCUCAUGUCAGUAGGAGACCGUUUUAGAUAUAAAUUUAAGAGGAAUUGUCUUAAGCAUAUGACUGUAAUAUGUGUUGUUGAAGGAUGCCCUUGGAAAGUAACUGCUCGUGCUGUUGGGAGAACAAAAAUAGUUCAAGUGCAUACAUUUAGAAAUGAACAUAACCACUCUUUAGAAGAUGUGUCAAUUUCCGAACCAGUAGUUCGUUGUAAUCGAGCCACAGCUAUGAUUGAUGAUGUUAUUUGUUCAAAUCCAGAUUACUUACCCCGUCAAAUAUGUAAAGACUUUCGUCGACAAUACGGAAUGCAAUUGAAUUAUUGUCAAGCAUGGAACUUGAAAGAGAAGGCUAAAGAACGAAUUCAUGGUGUGCCGCAAUGUUCGUAUAAGUUGUUACCUUGGUUAUGUACAAGGCUUAUUGAAACAAAUCCAGGGACGAUUGCUGAAUAUAGAUGUUCGGAUGAUGGUCAUUUUAUGCAAUUGUUUGUUGCCCUUUCAGUGUCAAUACAUGGGUUUCAACUGGGAUGUCGGCCUAUUAUAUCAAUAGAUUCAUCCCACAUGAGUGGGCCAUACAAGGGUGCUUUAUUUUCAGCUUCUUCCUAUGAUGCUGACGAUGGCAUGUUUCCACUUGCUUAUGGCUUAUUUAGCUCUGAGAAUUACGAGGAUUGGCUUUGGUUUUUAGAGAAAUUGAAGAUGGUCAUAGGUGAAAGAGAUGUUAUAAUAAUAUCUGAUAGGCACCAAGGGAUUAUCCGUAGUGUUUCAGAGGUAUUUGGUAGUGAAAACCAUGCACAUUGCUAUCGUCACAUUAAAGAAAACUUCAGUAGCUUUCUAACAAAGCUAAACACUAAAGGGAGGAAAGGAAAGGAAAAUGCUUUGCAAAUGCUUGAUUCUAUCGCCUAUGCUAGGUUAGAUUGUGAUUAUGAGGUUGCAAUGGAUACUUUAAGGACAUUUAAUCAUGAUUUGGCGAAGUGGGUUGAAGAAAAUAACCCUCAACAUUGGGCAAUCUCUAAAUUUAAGAAGAUGCGUUGGGAUAAGAUGACAAGUAAUUUGGCCGAGUCUUUCAAUUCUUGGUUAAGACAUGAACGACACCAUAACAUUUGUGUUUUCUUCAUCGAACAUAUGGAUAAGUUAGGAUCUCUUUUAGUCGAGCAUAAAAAUGGACUUGUAAAAUGGAAUGGGUGUAUUGGUCCUAAAACAGAAGAAAAGAUUGCAUUGAACAUUGGAAAAGGUGAAAAUUAUAUCACUUAUUUACACUUGGGUAGUUCGAUGAAAGUAUCCAAUGGAAAAGCAUUCCUGGAAGUGAACUUAAUGGAGCGAACUUGCACAUGUAAAGCAUGGCAAAUGUCUGGAAUCCCAUGUGAUCAUGCUUGUGCAGCUAUACGGCGAAUGGGGUUUGAUGUAUCUGAUUAUGUUGAUGACUGGUAUAAGUACAAUUUGCAAGAGAAGAUAUACUCUGGAAGCAUGCGUACUUUGGUAACGCAUGACAUGCCAAUGAUUGAUGAAGAUGGAACCGUUCGUGAUGCCUUGGGUCAUACUUAUCCCUUUCUUAAUCCUCCAACCACAAAGCGACCUCCUGGAAGACCUAGGAAACGUCGAAUCGAGUCUCAAUUCAUGUCAAAAAAAACAGUUCAUUGUUCUCGUUGUAAUCAGCCUGGGCAUAAUCGUGCGACAUGUAACAACCCAUUGCUGUAAGUUUUUUUUUUAUUAAACUUCAUAAUGUAAGAUCGACUUUAUAUUAGUAUGAAAUAGUUUGGUAAUCUUCGUUAUUGUUUCCUUGAUUAUAAGCAAUGAGUAAUUUAUUGGAUUUGAA